AAACUACAAGAACCGAAACGUCCAUCCCGAGGUGGCAACACUGACUGGCUGAGUUCCCCGAGUGGCCGUGUGUCUCCUCCCUAAGACCUCCUAUUUUAAAGCAUGACCACGCCGUUCUCCUGCAACCCCUUCGUCUUUCUCGACAUCCAGCAUGGAGAGGAAGUCUUGGGUCGCAUCGUGCUGGAGCUCUUCGCCGGCACAUGCCCGAGGACCACCGAGAACUUCCGAGCGCUAUGCACCGGGGAACGCGGCAUUGGCACCAAGGGGCGGCCGCUGCACUACAAGGAAUGCACCGUGCACAGGAUCAUCGAGAACUUCAUGAUCCAGGGUGGCGACUUCACCAACCACGACGGGACGGGCGGCGAAAGCAUCUACGGCGAGAAGUUUGAGGACGAGAACUUCACCCACAAACACUCCAGCGCCGGGAUACUGUCCAUGGCCAACGCCGGGCCGGGGACCAACGGAUCACAGUUCUUCAUCACCCUGGCCGCCACGCCGCACCUGGACGGCAAGCAUGUGGUGUUCGGGCGUGUGGUGAAGGGCAUGGGCGUGGUCAAGGUGCUAGGCAAGGUCAAGACGGAUGGGGACCGCCCUGUUGAGAGAGUCCUAAUUGCAAACUGUGGGGAAUUCAGUCCUGGCGAAGGAUUUGGGAUCGUGGACGAGGACGGCACUAAGGAUGUCUACCCUCAGUUCCCGGAGGACUCGGAUGUGCCAUUUGGGGAGGCUAAGAUGAGCGAGUUGGUGGGCGUGGUAAAUGACAUCAAGGACGCCGGGAACACCUUCUUCAAGAGCCAGGACUACCCCAUCGCUGUCUUCAAGUACAAGAAGAGCCUGAGCUACAUACAACACAUCCGCGAGCAGUGUCUAGAGCAGCGGAAAGAGGACUUCACAGCGGAUGACGUGAUUAGCCUGAAUGCUGUGGCCGUGUCCUGCUACCUCAACCACGCCCUGUGCUCCUGCAAGAUGGGGCGCUUCGACAAGGCCAUCGUGGACUGUAACAAGGCUGCGGAGAUUGACGAAACCAACCCCAAGGUAUUCUUCCGUCGAGGGCAAGCCUACCACCUUAGCAACGACAUGGAGGCAGCGCGCGCCGACCUCCAGAAGGCGAAGGAGCUUGAACCCAACGACAAGGGGAUCAUAAAGGAGUUGGAAGCUGUUACCAAGAAGAUCAGACUGCAGAGGGAGAAGGAAAAGAAGAUCUACUCGAAGUUGUUUGAGUAGCGUAUGUAGUUCUCUCUUUUUCCCUUCUCUUUCUCUUUUCUCUUUUUUUCUCUCCUUGCGACUACACUGCCAAUCUCUCUCCUCUUCUGCCCUCUCAGUCUCCUCUCCCUUCUCUCUCUACCUUGUUCUCUCUUCUCUCUCUCCUCUCCUCUCUCUGCUACACUGCCAUUCUCUCCACCCUGUUCUUCCUUCCCCUUUCCUCUCCUCUCCUUUUCUACCCUGUUUGUCUUCCUCCUCCUUCCUCUCUUGUUGGCCAGUCUCCUCCCACCUCUCCUUUCUCUUCCUUCCUUCCCUCCCUUGUCUAUCUCCCUUUCUCCUUCUCUCUCAGUCUCCUCAUCACAUACCCUCCCUUCCUUCCCUUCCCUGUCUUUCCCAAUCCCUUGUCAAUCUCCCUUUCUCCUUCCUUCCUCCCUCGGUCAAUCUUCUCCCUCCCUUCCUUUCCCUUCCUUCCCUCCCCAGUCUAUCUCCCUUUCUCCUUCUCUCUCAUUUAGUGUCCUCCUCACAUACCCUCCCUUCCUUCCCUUCCCUGUCUUUCCCAAUCCCUUGUCACUCUCCCUUUCUCCUUUCUUUCUCUCCCUUUCCCUUCCUUCCUCCCUCAGUCAGUUUUCUCCCUCCCUUCCUUCCUCCCUCAGUCAGUCUUCUCCCUCCCUCCCUCCCUCCCUUCCAAUCUUCUCUCCCUAUCCCUGUUUCGACGAAGUGCUUCUUUUUACGUUAAUUUAAAUGUGAGCGCGCGGGUAGCAAGCGUUUUUUUGUACCAGAUGCUUGGCAGAGUUAAGUUAAGCAAGGUUGUGGCCAUGCAGUUGACGCCCUGACAGAGGAGUGCUUCUUGUGGCCUGGCUUGGCGUCGUCGAUGUUAUUUAUAUGGAGUCGGUUGGUGUGUGUGUCUGUGUGUGUGAAUUGUGCUGUGCCGAGGCGAUGGUGUGUUUUUGUACCUUGAUUGUCAUACGGGAUACUACACAUAAAGCGACAAAAGUA